AACCAAGAGCACGACAGAGCGCUCUUUUUACUGUUCUGAGAUAGCCUGUGUCAUCAGCUCUAGUUAGACCUAAAACCGCUGUGACUUGGAAACCGUGGAACUUUGGUGGAGUGACCCUCCUUCUAAUAACAUCUUAGGACAUGACUAGGCUACGCCCACCAAAUUUAACGAUCCAGUCAAGAUCAUACUCGUUCGAGUCCGAGUCGAAUGCGUUUCCCAACACGUUUCCUGAAUCAAUAUCAGAAUCUCCGCUCGCAUCGGAUGAUGAGCUUUUGCAGCUGUCUUCGCCUUCUUCCUCGUCCUCGAGCCCCAUAGCCUUAAACAUUCCUGAUGCAGAAGAGUUGUCGCGAGACUUGGCAGAACUUGCUCAGCUACGCCAAUCUGUGCAGAAAAAUCUUCGUCUUCGACCAAUUCGUUCGUUUAGCAGACUACCGAAGACUGCUAUCCCAAGUGCUACCACUAUCCCAUGGCGCCAAGACCAACACCGCCGCCAGCAGUUUGAUUCAGAUUCUUCCUCUCCUAAAAGUGCAAGCAGCACGUACCUUACCCCCGUUGACAUCCACUUUCCCAGUCCUCCUGCCUCAUCUCCCCCCGAACCUCCAAGCCGUGCCCGGAAGCCUCAGCAACGCUCCGCGUCUAUGCCAUCCCCCCGCGUUCCCACUUCUGCUAUGGAUCCCGCUGAAUUACUUAUUCGUCUCGUCUCUCCCACUCGUCCACUCCUCAUCGACACCCGCACUCACGUCGCCUAUACCGCGACUCACAUUUUAGGAAGUAUUAAUAUCGCCAUGCCGUCCCUAAUUCUUAAGCGUUCAAAACGCACAUUACCGACUUUCGCAUCACUUCGCCAGUUCAUCACCAGUGACGAAGGAAAGGAAGUUUUUGAUUCCUGGGACAUCGACGGGGAUAUCAUCAUCGUUCAUGGGGAAGAGACUGAUGAACGGGAGAGAGAUAAUCCGGGCGUCAUUGCAUGGGCCCUCCUUUCAGUUCUCUCAAGGUUCCUGAACCCGGACAAGGUGUGGUAUCUUCGCGGAGGGAUUGUAGGUGCUCAACUUCAUGCACGACUUCGAAGAUAUAUCAUCAAUGUGCCCCAUUCUCCUCCUUCUCCUUCCCAAGCCUCUUUGCAACUGCCAAACCCACCCAAGAGCGCAAAGGGAAAGGCAUUCCUUCAACUUGACACUCGCAGUGCUGCUGGGCCUAGUAGUAGCGUGCAAAUAGAACAGGCAGAUCAAGGCCAUGGGGGCGAAGUGGAAAGACAAGGACACUCACCAUUACCAGUUAUGCCUGGGCUCUCGCUCACUCUUGAUAGCCCUAUAGAUUCUGACCCUCCGCCCUCCAAACUUGCCUUCCGCCGCCCACCUCCCCCGCGGAGAUCAAAUAAUGUCAGUGUUGAUAGUAUCAAGGCAAAUGGAACCAGUAAUGGAGCAAAUAGUAGCGCAGAGUGCGAACAGACUCUGGCGAAACCAAACAAACAUGUUGUGACAACUCUCCCGCGGCUUCAGAUUCACACAGCCCCAACGCGCAGCUCUACGCUCCCUAUCACACCCUCGCAACAGGCCGUGUUCCUCCACCCACCGCCUGCAUCCCCGUCGCAUCUCACGCUCCUCCAUUCCAAUCACACACCUCCAGCGAGCGCGUAUAACUCGAGCUUCAAUUUCAGUCUCACCAAUGGUAGCUGCCUUGGGAAUGCAAGUUCAUCUCCGCCAAUGCCCGUGACACCAUCUACUGCAAGGCCGACGCCCACAAAUUCCACACCCGGUAGCACUUCCUCAGAUGCCGAAAACGAACGUGAAGAAUUCGUCAUCUCUACGAUCCUCCCUAACUUCCUCUUCCUCGGCCCUGAACUUAUUUUACCUGCACAUGUCUCCGAAUUAAAAUCCCUAGGCGUUAAGCGAAUCAUUAACAUCGCGGCUGAAUGUACAGACGACCGUGGGCUAAUGCUGCGGGAACGGUUCGAGCGGUAUGUGCAUAUUCCGAUGAGGGAUUGUGUCGAGGAGGAAGGAGUACGUAAGGGGUUGAGUGAGGCCUGUGAUGUGCUUGACGAGGCUGCUCUCUACAACGCACCCACAUAUGUGCACUGUAAAGCUGGGAAGUCACGUAGCGUCACCGCAGUGAUGGCGUAUCUCAUCCACAGCCACCACUGGCCACUGGCACGUGCAUACCAGUUUGUCCUAGAGCGCCGCAAAGGUAUCAGCCCGAAUAUCGGGUUUGUAAGCGAACUCAUGGCAUUUGAGGAAGCAGAGCUCGGGCGUAUAACGAAGCCCAAGCCAUCUGCUGCAGUGAGUGAAAGUAGUGUUGGUGACGUCGGUGUGGGCACGGGCAGGCGGCCAGCGCAUGUUAGGGAGAGCUUACCACCAAUGCCUUCAUGGGACCGCGAGGAGGAAGAAGCAGGGGAGGAAAUAGGCCAGGACAUGGAGAUAAGGGACCGGGAGGGACGGUAUCGACAUGUCAGGCGGGCUCCGGUGGAUGAGAACACUUUGCAGCCAAUGAGGCGAGUGAGCAAGGCAGGUCUCGAGAGUGCUGGAUCGAUAAAUAGCAAUGACGGAGAUGUGACGUGAUGCCGCAUAAGAACUUGGUCAUACCCUGCUGUCUUAGUGCAUCGUUGAUGGACCAUUCUCUGAUCUUCGUAUAUACUUAACGAAUUACCUUAAGCCCAAUGACUUCACUUGUUCAAGCAGUCGACUUUGGAAUGAGUAACGUCGCUGUUGCGUCCGAUUUGACAAUCUCAA